CUUGAACAUUCAUGUAAUGUCUAAGCGAUGGCAAAGACACUUGCUCUCAACUUGCAUUCUACCACCUACUUAUUACUUGAAGGUAUUUCCUGUCGCUUUGAAAGUGGGAUGUGACCACACUUCCCCGGGCUCGAGCGCAAUAUUAACGCCACUAUAUCUUUCGUCCGAAGGUGACCGAAUAACUCCUUAUAUAAAACUAUAAGCAAGUUCAGCAUCAUUCCAUACCUUAUCUCUGCUAUCGACUCGCGCUUUACAAGAUCCAUGUCUUCUGAUUCCAAGUCCCGUGUGCCUCUGGUCAUCCUCGGGGCGGGGGUGAUUGGACUCACUAUCGCCUACACUGCUGUCUGUGAUUCGGAUGUGGCUUUUGAUAUCACGAUCAUAGCAAGAGAUAUGCCUGGGGAUUGGCAUUCUCAAGCUUGGGCAAGUCCAUUCGCGGGCGCAAGCUGGUCUCCAAAUGCGUUAGGUGCGACAGAUGAACGCGUGCGACGAUGGGAGCAAAUAACAUUUGAUAGGUUAUGGGACAUGGCGCCAUCAGGCUUGGUCAAAAGAUCACCUGCUAAGGUUCUCGGGGAGACGGAUGGCGUUCUUUCUACCAUCUGGUGGAAAGACCUUGUGCGCGAUUUCAAUUUGCUCUCAGAGUCUGAAGUCCCUACACCAUUCAAAGUGGGCAUUGCUUUCAACACGGUCACCAUAAACCCUUUGGAAUAUUUACCAUGGCUUCGAUCAGAGCUCGAGUCUCGCGGUGUUGUGUUCCAUUGUCAAUACAUAAGGAGCUUGGACGAAGUUAAGCCUUUUGUGGGGAAAACAGGGUUGUUGGUUAACGCAACGUCUCUUGGUUCACGGUCUUUGAUCGGAGUCGAAGAUACAGCCAUGUAUCCGGUCAGGGGACAAUCUAUUAUAGUCGAACGUAGCGGCUUGCAGGAAUUCAUCACAGUACGGUCUGGUGGCGGGUUAUCAGAACUGCCCACAUCCAUUACUCCUCGCCCUGGGCUGACGCAAACGAACACCGCGUCCCUAAACGGAACACAUCAAGUAGGAAACUGGGAUACAUCCUUGGAUAUGUCGGCUGCAAAAGGGAUAUUUGAGCGGUGCUCCGUCAUAGCGCCAUGUUUGAAAGACGAAGGGACGAAGAUCCUCAUGCAUACUGUCGGCCUUAGGCCGGACAGGAAAGGCGGUCCACGUGUGGAGGCUGAGCGAAUCUCGCUUCCUCUUAUACAAAGUGACGGUUUAGCUCCCAACUCGGGCGAAGAUGCAGGACAACAGCAGGACCUAACAGUUAUUCACGCAUAUGGGAUGGGAGCCGCAGGCUACCAAAGAUCAUGGGGUGUAGCUAUCGAAGUUCUAUCUCUACUGAAGGAGAACAUGGAAACAAGCCGCCGAAAUCAACAGCACAAUGUCUAA